CCCGCUCCCACACUCGGCGCUCUGGCCCAAGAAAGUGCUACUCUGUGGUAUCUCUGGUUCUCUCUGGCUGGCCUGCGGAGGACCGCACUCGUUUUCUUCUCGGCCUGGAGAGGCCUCGCUUCGGCGGCUGAGCUUGGAGAGAUGGCGGCAGCCGUUCGGCAGGAUUUGGCCCAGCUCAUGAAUUCGAGCGGCUCGCAUAAAGACCUGGCGGGCAAGUAUCGUCAGAUCCUGGAAAAAGCCAUUCAGUUAUCUGGGGCAGAGCAACUAGAAGCUUUGAAAGCUUUUGUGGAAGCAAUGGUAAAUGAGAAUGUCAGUCUUGUGAUCUCGCGACAGCUGCUGACUGAUUUCUGCACACAUCUCCCUAACCUGCCUGAUAGUACAGCCAAAGAAAUCUAUCAUUUCACCUUGGAAAAAAUCCAGCCCAGAGUUAUUUCAUUUGAAGAGCAGGUUGCUUCCAUAAGACAGCAUCUUGCAUCUAUAUAUGAGAAAGAAGAAGAUUGGAGAAAUGCAGCCCAAGUGUUGGUGGGGAUACCUUUGGAAACAGGACAAAAGCAGUACAAUGUGGAUUAUAAACUGGAGACUUACCUGAAGAUAGCUAGGUUGUAUCUGGAGGACGAUGACCCUGUGCAGGCAGAGGCAUACAUAAACCGAGCGUCCCUGCUUCAGAACGAAUCAACCAAUGAGCAGUUACAGAUACACUAUAAGGUAUGCUAUGCACGUGUUCUUGAUUAUAGAAGAAAAUUCAUUGAAGCCGCACAAAGGUACAAUGAGCUCUCUUACAAGACAAUAGUCCAUGAAAGUGAAAGACUAGAGGCCUUAAAACAUGCUUUGCACUGUACCAUCUUAGCAUCAGCAGGACAGCAGCGCUCUCGGAUGCUAGCUACGCUGUUUAAGGACGAGAGGUGCCAGCAGCUUGCUGCCUAUGGAAUCCUAGAGAAAAUGUACCUAGACAGGAUCAUUAGAGGGAAUCAGCUUCAAGAGUUUGCUGCUAUGCUGAUGCCACACCAGAAAGCAACCACGGCUGACGGUUCUAGCAUCUUGGACAGAGCUGUUAUUGAACACAAUCUAUUGUCGGCAAGCAAAUUAUAUAAUAACAUCACCUUCGAAGAGCUUGGUGCGCUCCUAGAAAUCCCUGCUGCUAAGGCGGAAAAGAUAGCAUCACAAAUGAUAACAGAAGGACGGAUGAAUGGAUUUAUUGACCAGAUUGAUGGAAUUGUUCAUUUUGAAACACGAGAAGCUUUACCAACUUGGGACAAGCAGAUCCAGUCCCUCUGCUUCCAGGUGAAUAACCUUCUGGAGAAGAUCAGCCAGACAGCCCCAGAGUGGACAGCACAGGCCAUGGAGGCCCAGAUGGCCCAGUGAGGCCGCGCACACUGCGUCUGCUUCCGUGUCACACAGACGGACUCAUGUCCCUCCACUGCGUCACCACCGCAUACAUUUCAGUCCUUUUUCUGGGUUUCUUCCCGAAGACAGUAGAGCAGGAAGUGCAGGCUGUUACAACUGUGUAGUCCCCCGUUUGCAGGGCCAGUGCAUUAAGCUAAUGAGACGUUUUGAAAGCUUUUCCUUUAAACAGAGAUGAGAUAUCUAUGACUAAAAAGUUUGGGAUUUGUGGUAACUUUGUAGUCAUGUAAAACCUAAGUGCUUUGUGCCUCUCCAAAUGUGAUAAUCCUAAUAAAUGGAGAAAUAAGCCAAA